AUUUUUCGUUACUAGGUAUACAAUUACAUCGAUGAUCGAAUAAUUGACAAGUGUCCACGUUCAGCGUUGGUGAGACGUUUCCUAACCUCUUUGGACUCGCUUCAUUGUAUGCAGUACUUUCGUAAAGCGUUUCCAAGAUUUGAAAUAUGACGAACGUGCAUACGGUGAACAGUAUGAUCAGCAAUAGGAAUCGCGAUUGUCUCGAAUGUAGACUGCUGAGCGGCGGCGGCCUCGUCGCCGCCGGUUUAUACGUCUGCCAUCACUCCAAACAGUACCAGAAGCAAGUAGGAAAAGCGGCGAUGUACUCGUUUGCCUCUGUGCUAGUACUCCUUGGCACAGCCAGGAUGUUGGACUUGCCACCCUUUCAAGAUAAAUUUAAACGCAGCUGAGGAAUAACUUACUUAAGCAGACAUAAAUCCAUGGCAUUUUGUAGUGAUUGCAUAUACAAAUGGUGUGAGUCUAAUGUGAAAAUAAUACUAUGUGUACUUAUUAUGUUCUUUACUCGUAUGAUCCACCUGGCAUAAGAUUUUGUCUAUAGCAUCUUAAAUAUGCUUUAUGCAAGAGAAUUUAUUUUAAAUAUAAUUUUAGCUAUUAUAACAUAUCCUUUAAAAACUUAUUGUAUCAAACUUGACAAGAUUUAUUUUGUUUUAUAACUAUUAUCUAUUUUGGUAUUUCAAUUAUUAUUACAAACGUUAAGAUAUAAAUAUGAUUAAAAUGAG